AUGUGCAUCGAUUAUAGGCAAUUGAACAAGGUAACAAUUAAGAACAAGUAUCCCCUGCCUCGCAUUGAUGAUUUGUUUGACCAGCUUCAGGGAGCGAGGGUGUUUUCCAAGAUUGAUCUCCGUUCGGGUUAUCACCAGUUGAAGAUCAGGGAUUCAGAUAUUCAUAAGACUACUUUCAGGACUAGAUAUGGUCACUAUGAGUUUCUUGUCAUGUCUUUCGGGCUGACCAAUGCCCCAGCAACAUUCAUGCAUCUGAUGAACAGUGUAUUUCGGCCUUAUCUGGAUUCAUUUGUCAUAGUGUUCAUCAAUGAUAUUCUGGUAUACUCGCGUAGUCAGGAGGAGCACGCGCAACAUUUGCGAGUCGUAUUGCAGAGAUUGAGGGAGGAGAGGCUUUAUGCAAAGUUCUCCAAGUGUAAGCGGAAGGCGCAAGUGCGUAAAUCCAACCGCAGAAGCAGAAAUAUCCGCAGAAGCGGUGCAUUGACCGGAGAAGCGGGAGUCACAGAUGCGGCUAAGGAGCCACAGAUGCGGAAAUGA